AUGAGUAGUGUAGUUGUAGAAGUUAAAAAAGUAACAAUUGAUGAAAUCAAUACCUUUUUCCAAUUCUGUGGAGAGAUCAAAUCUAUAAAUGAACUUUCGGAAGGUAAGUAUCAAGUGAAUUUCUUUAAUUCAAGUGCCUCAGAUACUGCCUUGUUGUUAGAUCAAGCAGAAUUAGGUGGUGAAAAAUUGAAGGUAUCCAGUGAUUUACCAACCUAUGAAUCUUCACAAGGUCCAGAUGCUACUGGUUCCACAAUUGCAUCAGCAGAUGAUGUUAAAGAUCACAAAUUACAAGGAGAUGUUAAAACUGGAGAUCCAAAAUAUGAUGAUAUCGAUCAAGAAUCCAAACCAAAAUAUGUUAUAAUGGCUCAAUUGUUAUCAAAAGGUUAUAAAAUCAAUGAUGAUAUCAUUGAAAAAUCCAUCACUUUCGACAAGAAACAUGGUUAUAGUGAUAAAUUCAAGAAAUUUUUGAAUGACAUUGAUAUCAAGUUAGGAGCUAUGACUGAAGACGAUAACAAAGCAGUGGAAUCUGCAAUUUCUGAGAAAGAAACCGAACCAACUAAAUUCAGUGAUGUUGCUGUUAAACAAUUCAACACAAAUGUUGAACAAUUUAAAAAAUCCAAAUAUUAUAGUAAAUUCUCCAAAUACUUCGAUAAAGUUUCCCAAGACUUGGACAAAGCAUCAAAAGAUUUUUCCAAAAACCCUUACGGUGUGAAAAUUCAUGCAUUCUACAAAAAUUUGGUAGGUGAUGUUAGGGCCGUUCAUGAAGAAGCUUUAAGAUUGAAAGAAAUUCACAAGGAAGAAGAAUUAGAAGGUCAAGUUCAUGAUGUUAAAGAUACAAUCGAUCCUAAAUAA